AUGUCGUCCUCCAGCCGCGUGGCGCUGGUGACCGGGGCCAACAAGGGCAUCGGCUUCGCCAUUGUGCGUGAGCUGUGCCGGCAGUUCUCCGGGGACGUGGUGCUCACGGCGCGGGACGAAGCGCGGGGUCGGGCGGCCGUGCAGCAGCUGCAGGCCGAGGGCCUAAGCCCGCGCUUCCACCAGCUGGACAUCGACGACCUGCAGAGCAUCCGCGCGCUGCGUGACUUUUUGCGCCGCGAGUACGGGGGGCUCGACGUGCUGGUCAACAACGCAGGCAUCGCCUUCAAGAAUUCGGAUCCUACACCCUUUCAUAUUCAAGCAGAGGUGACACUGAAAACGAACUUUUUUAGCACCCGAGAUGUCUGCACGGAGUUGCUGCCUCUGAUUAAACCCCAAGAAGGCUCCUUCUCCUAA